AUGUCCCUAUGGCACCAUUCCAUUCUGGCCGGCCUCAUCAAUGGCGGCUCUUGUGUUGAUUCUAGCAGCUGGUCUAUGAGUUCAAUCCCUAGCGCCCCAACACAAGCCGUCGUGACCUGCCUUAUCGGCUCCCUGGUCCGGGAGGAAGAAUUCCUCGUUAAGGCCAUCAUUAUUGCCAGCGGACACCGCAUCCUGACGGGGCAUCAAGACGGAAAGAUCUGGGUUAGGCGGAUAUCCUCCAAGGAUCCCGCAGCCUACAAGCGCGUAGGCGCCCUACCUCGUCUCAAAGACUUGAUUAAGUGCUCCCUCAACCCAUCCAACUACAAGGAGAUUCGCCCCGGCUGGAGGGCUCUUUGGAUUCGCCACUGCGAUGUCGUGUCCUGCCUCAGCUUCUGCCAAGAGCAGGGCCUCCUCUAUUCUAGUUCAUGGGACCGAACCUUCAAGGUGUUGCGCAUAGGCGACUCGAAGUGCCUCGAGUCCGUCGUUGCAAACUAAACUAGCAAAUUAAUUAUGA